GCGCUGCGGCAGUGGGCGGGCCAGGCCGGGCGGGGCUGUGGCGGCACCACCAUGUCGGAGGCGGCGGUGGCGGAUACCCGGCGCUUGAACGCCAAGCCGCAGGACCUGACGGACGCGUAUGGGCCACCCAGCAACUUCCUUGAGAUCGACAUCUUCAACCCACAGACUGUGGGCAUGGGUCGUGCUAGAUACACCAGCUACGAGCUUCGGAUGCGGACAAACCUUCCAAUCUUCAAACUGAAGGAGUCGUGUGUGAGGAGGCGAUACAGUGACUUUGAAUGGCUGAAGAAUGAGCUGGAACGAGACAGUAAGAUUGUAGUGCCACCGCUGCCUGGAAAAGCUUUGAAACGACAGCUGCCCUUCCGGGGAGAUGAAGGCAUCUUUGAGGAGUCCUUCAUUGAGGAGCGGAGACAGGGACUAGAACAGUUUAUAAACAAGAUUGCUGGACACCCCCUGGCACAGAACGAGCGCUGCUUACACAUGUUCCUGCAGGAGGAGACUAUCGAUAGGAACUACGUCCCCGGGAAAGUGCGCCAGUAGGAGCACCUGGCACUGUCUUCCUCCAUUCCACCCUCCCUCCUGCAAAAAUGACAUUUAUUUUUACACUAAAUCUGUCUUCUCUGAA